GAAUUUUAUAACCGCUGCAUGCAUUUACUCAGUACUAUUAUAAAUUACGUUAACUUGCACGAAACUGACGAAAACAAGAAAGCUUGCAAGCGAGAUUUCUUUACAUCUCAAACCUUGAAAGCUUUCCUGACUGGCCUUAAGGACCCUCUGGGUGUAACUAUCAGAACCAUGCGUCCUUCGGACAUGCCAACGGCCUUGCAAUUUAUCAAAGAGGAACAAAAUAUACAUUAUCUCCAAAAAAGGCAAGCACCUCAAACUAAUUUCCAAAAACCAUUAGACUUAAACAAGUUUGCUCCUCACAAUUUACCCCCAAGACCGGUGCCCUUCGCCAACUUAAAUAAACCGUCAUUUUCACAACGACAAAACGUCUCAUCUCAUCAAAAUAAUUACAGACCUUUCUAUCCCAAUCCAUACAAAAAUAAUCCGUGGAACAGGCCUCAAUAUCCCUACAACCCAUCAAGGCAAUUUUCUGGACAACAAACCAACAAAAAUGUAGAACAACCUAAACCUAUGAGUGGAAUUUCAUAUCGAUCAGCUCAGGUACCAUUGAGACCAUACAUGCCAGCUAUAAAUAACCCUUUAAAUAAUCAUACCUGCCAAACUAUGUAUCAACAACAAUGUCCGGCGCCUGAAAUGCUUAUCGCGGACCCACGCGAAUACGCCGCUAUCACUGGCGGCCACAGUUCUGAGAACGCGCAGUGCGACAAUGUAUGCACAGACUAUUUAGACUACCAGCAGUACCACGAUAAUUAUGAACUAAAUUUUAAUGAACAGGAAAUUAAUCAGGAUUUUCCUCAGGAUUCGGAUACGACCAAAGACCCCUAGCAUUAGAAAUACACGCUCACUUAAAAAGACGGCUACCCUAUAUCGAAAUUAAAGAGCCUCCCU